AUGGCUGGCCGAUACUACAAAGUCCAAACUCUCAAUGUCGUGGUGGAGGUGAAGCUGAGUGCAGCAGAGGAGCAGGAGAAAUGGCUGGCGGAUGCACUCAACGUGGUCAAGCAGCAGGCCUUCUACAUGCGCCGAGCUCUCCCACCUCCUCUGCCUGCCUUCGCUGACUCUCAGGACUCGGGCAACCUACGAGAGGCCCUCAAGUACUCAGCGCAAAUGCUUUCUGAGCUCCGCACCUCCAAGCUCGCACCACAGAAAUACUACGAGCUCUGUACGCGCCUCAAAGUCCACCGCAUCCGCACUGUUCCCCAACCCUGCGUGCAUGGCAUGGCAGACAUAGUGGUGUGUGGCGAGCUGCAGAACCUGGAGGCCUUCUUCUGGGACGAGCACAAGAUGCGCGGCCGCAGCUGUGUGGACCUCUAUGAGCUCGUGCAGCACGCCGGCAACAUCGUGCCAAGGCUGUAUCUCCUGUGCACGGUAGGGGCAGUGUACAUUCGCAGCAAGGAGGGGCCGGCUAAGGAGGUACUCAGCGACCUGAGCGAGGUGUGCAAGGGCGUGCAGCACCCCAUCCGCGGGCUGUUCCUGAGGGCGCAUCUCACCCAGUGCAGCCGAGAUAAAUUGCCCGAUACUGGGUCGGAGUAUGAAGGCGAGGGUGGCACAGUGGUGGAUGCAGUGGAGUUUCUGCUGCAGAACUUCACGGAGAUGAACAAGCUGUGGGUGCGCAUGCAGCACCAGGGGCCUGCCACCGAGAGGGAGAAGCGCGAGCAGGAGCGGCGAGAGCUCAGAGACUUGGUGGGCAAGAAUCUGCAUCUGCUGAGUCAGCUGGAGGGGGUGAAUCUGGACAUGUACAAGACUGUAGUGCUGCCGCCGCAUCCUAGAGCAGAUCGUGAACAGCAGGGACGAGAUAGCCAGCAGUACCUAAUGGACUGCCUCAUCCAGGUGUUCCCAGACGACUUCCAUCUCAACACCCUUGAGACGCUCCUGGGGGCGUGCCCUGAGUGCGUGCACUGCAUUCAUCCUCCCUCCCCUCCUCUCUCGUUCCCUUCCUCUCUCGUUCCCUUCCUCAUCGGACCUCCCUUCCAGAUCGUGAACUGCAGGGACGAGAUAGCCCAGCAAUAUUUGAUGGACUGCCUCAUCCAGGUUUUCCCAGACGACUUCCAUCUCAACACCCUCGAGACGCUCCUGGGGGCGUGCCCUGAGCUACAGCCGAGUGUUGACGUGCGGACCAUCAUGUCUCAGUUGAUGGACCGCCUUUCGACCUUCAUGGAUAAGAACCCUGAUGUGAGUGGCACAGGCAGCCUUGCGAUCCCAGCGUUGAUGUGCGAACCAUCAUGUCUCAACUCAUGGACCCGCCUAUCGACCUUCAUGGAUAAGAACCCGGAUGUGAGUGCUGGUAGCCCUGCGAUACCGCAGAGGAUGUCCGCACAGUGUUCAGUUAAGGCCUUGCCGCAUUUCCUGGAGGUGGAUGCUUUUGCCAAGUUCAACUCCGCUGUCAGCAAGGUGAUGGAGGCACAGGCGGAGAGGCUGCUCAAAGGCGUUGUCAGCCUGCAUCUGCUGCUGCACGCCAUGCAUGUGUUCUCACUCACACCCUUCACCGCUCACCCACACAUUCCCCCCCCCCGUCAGGUGAUGGAGGCACAGGCGGAGAUGCCUCUCAAGGGCGUUGUCAGCCUGCAUCUCUCUCUGCUGCACGCCAUGCGUCUGUUCUCACUCGCACCCUUCACCACCCGCGCCCCCAUCCUCUUCCUCCCUCAUCAGGUGAUUGAGGAGCAGACGGAGAUGCUGCUAAAGGGUGUGGUGAUGGAGGCGCAGGCGGAGAUGCCUCUAAAGAGCGUCGUCAGCCUGCAUCUGGCUCUCCUGCAGUUUGUGCUGCGCGUGCAUCCCGACCGCCUCGACUACAUCGACCAAGUGCUGGCGGCUUGUGUGGGGAUAUUGGAUGCGAGGAGGCAGACCAAGGACAGCCCGACAACAAAGCAGCUGGUGGCGCUACUCUCAGCAGCGCUGGACAAGUUUGGGCCGGGCGGCGUGCUGACGGUGCUGCAGCUACCACACUACGCACGGGUCAUGGGGCACCUGGACCAUGAGACGAAUAAGGCAAUGGCGGUGGUGAUCAUUCAGAACAUGGUGAAGCAUGAGACCACGAUUGGAGACCCAGAGAAGGUGAGUUACGGGCUGAUAUGCUUCUCACCUGCCGCAUUACGCGCGGGGUUGUGCCUCUGCAGCACGAAUUCCAGACUCCAGAGGGACUACGCGCGGGUCAUGGGGCACCUGGACCACGGGACCAAUAAGGCCAUGGCGGUGGUGAUCAUACAGAACAUGGUCAAACACGAGACGACAAUUGGGGACCCGGAGAAGGUGGAGUGCUUACUCAGCCUCGUGCGCCAUCUCACUCAAGACAUGGACGGCGUUCCUCCAGUCGACGAGCUUGACAUGGACGACUUUUCUGAGGAGCAGAAUCUCGUGGCGCGUCUCGUGCACCUGCUCGUCAAUCCCGACCCGAGAAUACAGUUCCAGAUCCUAGCCAUCAUCCGAACGCAUCUCUUCAAGGGAGGCCAAUCCAGACUACGCUUCACCAUCCCCUCACUUGUCUUCUGCUCGCUACAGUUGGUGCACCAGCUGCUAUCUCAGGGCAUCACAGGGGCGGAUCAGGCACUGGCAACAGCGGGGGCAGCGGCGAGUCAAGCAGCAAUGGCGGCUGCUGCAGCAGGGGAGGGGCCUGUCACUCCUCUCACGCUCUUCCUCUUCCUGCACAAGGUGGUGGAGACCCUGUCAGAGUUCGUGCCUCCAUUGGCCCUCAAGCUCGCCCUCGAGUGCGCGCAGGUGGCCAGUGCGUGUGGUCUGGAGCCCAUCGCAUAUGACCUCUUCACCCUCGCCUUUGUCAUUUAUGAGGAGGAGAUAUCGGAUUCCAAGGCACAGGUCACCGCUCUGCACCUGAUCAUUGGAACGCUGCAGCGCUGCCACGUGUUUGCAGAGGAGAACAGAGACACGCUCACACACAAGGCCACUGGAUACUCGGCCAAGCUACUAAAGAAAGCGGAUCAGUGUCGUGCUGUGUGCACCUGUGCACACCUCUUCUGGAGCGAUGAGGAGAACGGCCCUAGAGAUGGCGAAAGGGUGGUGCUGUGUCUCAAGAGAGCGCUCAAGAUUGCCAAUGCGGCGGCUCAGCAGCUCUCUUCUGCUGCUAGAGUGCUCUCAAGAUUCACUGCAUUCACUCCCAUCUAUCAUUCUCAUCCGCGCAUCCCAAUCUUACUUAUAUCUUACCCGCUGCUCCCCAUGCACCAGGGUGGUGCUGUGUCUCAAGAGAGCGCUCAAGAUUGCCAACGCAGCAGCUCAGCAGCUCUCAGCCGCUGCCAGAGUGCCCGGUUCGCACGUGGUGCUGCUGGUGGAGAUUCUCAACAAGGCAACCCCCAUGUGACCCCCGUGGUGCUGCAAGGCCUCAUCGAGCUCAUCACCUCCGAGCUCGCUGUCGAUGGCGCCACCGUCGAUGCCACCGUGCACAGCUUUUACCGGGCGACGCUUGCGCAUAUUAAGGACCAGAAGCACAAGGCGGGUGCGAUAGGGGAGAAGUAUGCUGAAAUCCAGAUUUGA